AGAAGGCGGGAGGACACCACUACAUCAAAGGGGGGACACGGUCUCUUUCUUUUGCCCUAGGAAGAAUUUACGUUCCAAACCUGAGAGUAAGGGCCCAUCGAUAUUUCUGGCAGCGGCUACUAGGCCCUAGACGUCAGAAUUCCCCGGAGGCUACCCUGGGACCAAACCCCCAAAGCCGGGAGUAUUGCCCCAUGCAUCCCUGCACUGCCGGUCCGGGUGGGGGUUAAGCGGCAACCGUAAAGAAGUGUUUCCAUUCCCGGUCCAUGAAAGUUCUCACUGUUAAUGUCUAGUCUCUCUAGUCACGAUUAAUCAGUAUGUUUCCACUGACCGAGGAAAAGAAGCACGUGGCCCGGUUGUUGCUAGAUACAGGGACGUGCCCAAGAUGUAUCUUCAGGUUCUGUGGUGUGGAUGUUCAUGCACCUUACAGACGUCCCUAUAAGGAGUUUCUCAAUGAACUACAAAAAUUUCUGAAAACUGAUAAAGAUGAAUUACUUUUGGAAAUUACAAACCCACCUCCCAAGAAAAUGCGACUACAAGGUCUGGAAGAUGGCACUGAUAGUCCAAGUCGGAAUGGAGAAGGAAGUAACACUGCCCCUGAAGAUGAAAGCAGUGCUUCCAAGAACUCCAGUUUAAAUGUAUGCAACGUAUGCCUGGGAAUUCUUCAGGAAUUCAGUGAGAGAGAGUUCAUUAAACAGGUGUGUCAAAAGGUUGAGGCCUCUGGAUUUGAGUUCACCAACUUGGUGUUUUCUGUCUCCUUCCCACCACAGCUAUCUGUAAGAGAGCAUGCUGCAUGGUUGCUGGUAAAACAGGAAAUGGGAAAGCAGAAUUUGUCUCUGGAAAGAAAUGAUAUAAUUCAGCUAAAAGAAGCUUACAAAUGGAUAACUCAUCCCCUGUUUUCAGAGGAACUGGGUGUUCCUGUUGAUGGAAAGAGCUUGUUUGAAGUGAGUGUGGUCUUUGCUCACCCAGAAACAGUUGAGGAUUGCCACUUCCUAGGUACAGUCUGCCCAGAUUGUUUCAAGCCAGCCAAAAACAAACAGUCUAUAUUCACUAGAAUGGCAGUUAUGAAAGCUUUGAAUAAGAUAAAAGAAGAGGAUUUCCGGAAGCAGUUUCCUUGUCCUCCAAACUCACCAAAGGCCGUAUGCACUGUUCUUGAAAUUGAAUGUGCUCAUGGUGCUGUUUUUGUGGCUGGGAGAUACAAUAAAUACUCCAGGAAUCUCCCACAAACUCCUUGGAUCAUUGAUGGCGAAAGGAAACUGGAAUCGUCGGUGGAAGAAUUAAUUUCAGAUCAUUUGCUGACAGAAUUCAAAGCAGAGAGUUUUAAUUUUUCAUCCUCUGGAAGAGAAGAUGUAGACGUGAGAACAUUAGGAAAUGGGAGGCCCUUUGCAGUGGAGCUGGUGAACCCGCACAGAAUACACUUCACUGCCCGAGAAAUUAAGGAGCUGCAGCAGAAAAUUAAUAAGUCAUCUAAUAAGAUCCAAGUGCGUGACCUGCAGCUUGUGACAAGAGAGGCAAUAGGACACAUGAAAGAAGGUGAAGAAGAAAAGACCAAGACCUACAGCGCCUUAAUAUGGAUAAAUAAAGCAAUCCAGAAGAAAGACAUUGAAUUCCUAGAUGAUAUAAAGGACCUCAAGAUCGACCAGAAAACCCCUCUCCGGGUCCUGCACCGCAGGCCACUGGCUGUGAGAUCGCGUGUCAUUCACUCCAUGGAGACGCACUACGUGGACGAGCAUCAUUUUCGCCUCCAUCUCAAGACUCAAGCUGGGACGUACAUCAAAGAGUUUGUCCAUGGAGACUUCGGGAGAACUAAGCCAAACAUUGGCUCUCUGAUGAGUGUGACUGCAGACAUUCUUGAGCUGGAUGUUGAGUCUGUGGAUGUUGACUGGCCACCUGCUCUGGAAGACUAACUUCUCAAUGUGGAGACCAAGAGUAGUGUUUUCCUGAACCGUGCUACAGUGGCUAACAGGAUCAGCUAAUUACACAAAAAUCCAGUGGCCCGCCAGGGAAAUCUCAAGACAAUUCAACAAAUGGAUCCCUAGGUACUCCAAACUUACUUAUAUCUAACUACAUUUUAUUGAAAGCUGUAAUGUUUUGAUUAGAUAAAGAAAUUUUAACAAGUGGGAAAGGUGAAUAUUUGCUACUUUUAUCAUAAAUUUAUAUUUACUUGCUAAUAUCCUUGAAAGUUCAAUCUGCUAAAGAACAUUUCAUACUAAUUAUUGUGUAUUACCAUUUCACAUAUUAAGUGUUUAAUGAAUUUUAUUUGUACUUCUUUAAAUUUUUGAAAGCCCAGUAGUAAACGAAGUUGUGGGAAUAAGUGGUAAGAAUAUUAGAAUAUGGUAAAUUCUACCUCUUUAAAUUGGUAAUUACUAGCAAGUAGUACAUAUCCUAAAACCACAGACAUUUAGAAUAGAGGGAUUGCUUUUCAAAAAAUGAUGUAUCUUUUUUAUUAUUGGGGGUAGUUGAAACAGUAGUUUUUUGGUCUGUCAUACACAUGAAAUGAAAUUUCAUACAGGAUUACUUUUGAGAUUUGAUCUUACCCACUGUUAUUAAACCUGUGCUUUAACUGAACUCUGCUAAGAUAUGAGUUAAAAUACUUAUUUUACUAAGUCUUAGACAAACAAAGGCAUAAAACUAGACAGAUAACCCGUAUAUUUAUGUCUAAGAAUCGACUCCUGGGCUUUCAAGACAAACAAUGAAAUUUCUACUAUAUGCAAUACAAAAAGCAUUUUAUAAUUUUCCCUCUUUCACAUGCAGCCUGUGAAAACAAAAGUUUUCAUGAAAGAAAGUUUUGGUGGCAACUUCAUUAACUCUGAUGAGACUCACUUUGAGAAAGCGUGAAAGUACUCCCGAUUCAUAAUCGUCUUUGGCAAAGAAAUUCAAAAUCACAGAAUUUUAGAACUGAAGUCAUUAACUGACUUUAUCCACACUCUACAUAGGAAGUGUUUCUGCAAAGAAUAAAUCUAAAAGAAGGGAAUAUCCCCCAGAUCUGGACAAUUGCUGAUCAUUCUAAAAAGACACCUAUCUCAAGGUUCUUGAUUACUGAUCUAACCCAUAGUGAUUUUUCUCACUCUGUCGUGUACAAGGUAACUAGAAGGAGUGUGUAGAGGUGAAUCAGGGCCACAGGAUAUACCGAUAUUGGCUUAUUAAUAUUUGAUUAGCCCUACAAUUUACAGUGUUUCUUCUCAUGUAUUAUUUUAUUUAGUAUAAUAAUCUGUGAGGUAGAUAGGCUGGGUAUUAUCUGACAAAGGUCUCUCUUCUGUUUCUCCAUACUGUUUAACAGCACAUGAUAAUCUUUCAAUAAAUUUAUGAUAACUUA